GCCGGGCGAGCGGCCGGAGGCGAGGGCGCGGCGGAGGCGGGGGCGCGAUGGCGCGGAGUGCGGAGGGCGCCGCGCUGCUUCUCCUGAUCUUCUUUAACUUUGGAAAUGGACUCCAUUUAGAGGUCUUAAACCCAGGAAAUGAACAUACUCGGCUUCCUAAACACACUCACUUAGGGCGGCAAAAGCGGUCCUGGAUCACCGCCCCUGUGGCUCUUCGGGAAGGAGAGGAUCUGUCCAAAAGGAAUCCGAUCGCCAAGAUACAUUCUGAUCUUGCAGAAGAAAGAGGACUAAAAGUUACAUACAGAUACACUGGAAAAGGGAUCACAGAGUCACCAUUUGGCGUGUUUGUCUUUAAUAAAAACACAGGAGAAUUGAACAUCACCAGGAUUCUUGAUCGAGAAGAAACGCCAAGUUUUCUGCUAGUUGGUUAUGCUUUGGAUGAAAGAGGAAACAACCUUGAGAAACCAUUAGAACUCCGCAUUAAAGUUCUUGAUAUCAAUGACAACAAGCCAGUGUUCACACAGGACGUCUUCGCUGGGUCUGUUGAAGAGUUGAGUGCCGCAGAUACCCUUGUGAUGAAAAUCAGUGCAACAGAUGCAGAUGAGCCCAAUACUCUGAAUUCUAAAAUUUCCUACAGAAUCGUAUCUCAGGAGCCUGCUUAUCCUCCAGUGUUCUACUUAAAUAAAGACACAGGGGAGAUUUAUACAACCAGUUUCACUUUGGACAGAGAGGAACACAGCAGCUAUACUUUGACAGUAGAAGCAAGAGACGGCAAUGGACAAAUAACAGAUAAACCAGUAAAUCAAGCUCAAGUUCAGAUUCGUAUUUUGGAUGUCAAUGACAACAUACCUAUAAUCCAAAAUGAAAUGGCUGAAAAGGUAGAAAUUGAAGAAAAUCAAGCCAAUGUAGUAGUGAUGCGCAUAAAAGUGUUUGAUGCAGAUGAAAUAGGCUCUGAUAAUUGGUUAGCAAAUUACACAUUCGUGUCAGGAAAUGAAAUGGGUUAUUUCCACAUAGAAACUGACACUCAAACUAAUGAAGGAAUUGUGACUCUUAUCAAGGAAGUAGAUUAUGAAGAAAUAAAGAACCUUGAUUUCAGCAUUACUGUCACCAACAAAGCAGCUUUUCACAAAUCAGUUAAGAAUAAAUAUAAGCCUACAUCCUUUCCCUUCAAAGUAAACGUGAAAAAUGUGAAAGAAGGCAUUCAUUUUAGAAGUAGCACAAUCUCCGUUCAUGUUAGCGAGAGCAUGGAUAAGUCCAGCCAAGGCCAAAUAAUUGGGAAAUUUCAAGCUUUUGACGAAGACACUGGACAAGUAGCCCAUGUAAGAUAUGUGAAAUUGGAAGAUAGAGACAACUGGAUCUCUGUCAAUUCUGCUACAUCUGAAAUUAAACUUGUAAAAAUUCCUGAUUUUGAAUCCAGAUAUGUCCAAAAUGGUACAUAUACUGCAAAGAUUUUGGCAAUAUCUGAAAGUUAUCCAAGAAAAACCAUCACUGGCACCAUUGCUAUCACAGUGGAGGACAUCAAUGACCACUGUCCCACACUGGUCGACCCAGUGCAGACUGUCUGUGACAACGUGCCGUACGUGAAUGUGACCGCAGAGGACUUGGAUGGGUCCCAAAACAGUGGGCCUUUCAGUUUCUCCAUCAUCGACAAACUGGCUGGAAUGGCAGAAGAAUGGCAAAUAGUACACCAAGAAAGUACCAGUGUGCUUCUGCAACACAAGGAACUAAAGCCUGGAAGACGUGAAAUUCAGUUUCUGAUUUCGGAUAGUCAGGGCCUCAGUUGCCCUGAAAAGCAAGUGCUUAAACUCACCAUCUGUAAGUGUCUGGAAGGUGGCGGUUGCGUGGAGCCUCUGCAGGACUCCUACGUUGGCCUGGGACCCGCAGCCAUUGCGCUAAUAAUUCUUGCCCUUCUGCUCUUGCUACUUGUACCACUUUUAUUGCUGAUGUGCCAAAGUGGAGAAGGCGCCAAAGGCUUCACCCCGAUUCCUGCCACGAUAGAGAUGCUGCAUCCUUGGAAUAACGAAGGGGCGCCACCUGAAGACAAGGUGGUGCCUUUGCAUGUGGCAGCAGAUCAUGGAGUGGGUGUAGGAACAGACAUGACAGUGGGAGGUGUAAUGACCAAGGAAACCCCCAAAGAAAGUGGGUCUGCCUUCCUCAAAGGGCAUCAUGAGGUAACUGAGAUGGAUGGAAGAUGGGAAGAACCCAGAAGUCUGAUUUCUGGUCAAGUGACCGAAGGGAUAGGGACAACAGGAGCCAACAUAGGUGCUGAUGGGACAAGGGUCAUGAAAGCCACAGGAUCUUCCAGAGACCUGGUCGGAGCUCGAGCAACUGCUGUUCCAGUCAAUGAAGAAUUCUUAAGAAGUUAUUUCACUGAGAAAGCUGCCUCUUACACUGACGAAGACGACAUUCACGCAGGCAAAGAUUGCCUUCUGGUUUAUUCUCAGGAAGACACCGAGUCUCUCCAUGGUUCCAUUGGCUGCUGCAGUUUUAUUGAAGGAGAACUCGAUGAUCGUUUUCUAGAUGAUUUAGGGUUUAAAUUCAGGACACUAGCUGAAAUUUGCUUGGGUCAAAAAAUAGAUAUGGAUGGGGAAAUUGAGCCGAGGCAAAAACCUGUGGGAGCAUCAAGUAUGACGGCAACUUCCCAUUCAUUCAGUGAGCAAACUAGGAUUAAUUCGGAGAAUGCCUACUUCACUGGUAGUAGCUUUCAAGUUCCAAAACCUUUGCCUGAAGCAAACACAGAGAAAGUAACUCAGGAGAUAGUCACCAAAAGUUCUCAAUCUUCCAGGCAGAGUCAGAAGGUAGCUACAAGGCUCCCUGAUCCACUGGCUUCUGGUAACGUUGUAGUAACAGAAACUUCUUAUGCCGCAGGCUCCACGAUGCCGCCGAGCACUGCGAUCCUGGGUCCUGGCCAGGCCCAGGCCCUUAUUGUGACCGAGCGGGUAUACGCGCCGGCCCCUCCCUCGGUAGAGCGGCAAUAUGGUAAUGACGGUAGCGUCGUGGUUACCGAGAGAAUCAUACAGCCCAACGGGGGCCUGCCUGGUUCUCUGGAAGGCUCUCAGCCUCUGCCAGACGCGCAUUAUGUUAUGGUGAGGGAGAGAGAGCGCUUCCUGGCCCCCAGCUUGGGGCUGCCGUCCCCUCUGGCCGUGUCCGCUGCAGCAGCAGGAGGGAACGUGACAGUGACAGAAAGGGUGCAAACCUCUGCCUCCGGUUACCGAUUUCCUACUGAAACCUCACAGAUGGCCAGAAAGACAGAGGUUUCUGGAGCCGCGGUCCGUGGCCCCCUGCCAAAUUUCAGUUUAGAGGAGUCUGGUCAUUUGACUUCUAUUCGCACCACCCCUUCCACCAGAGUCUCCAAGCACAGCAUCGUACAGCAUUCUUACUCCUAAAUCGUAGUCCUCCAGAGUCUGACCCAGGGUCUCAUUUCAUGUGUUCAAUGGGCCAGUCUUUUGAUGAGCCUGUAGACUUAAGAGACCUACACAUUGGGCUUAAAACACUGCUUCAUCACUAAUCUAUCACCGGCCUCGCUGCCCCAUCCGCCAGGAGUGGGCUUCAGAGAGGCCCCAGGGUUUGCUGAGGGCAUAAGGACGAUGCUGUCUGUGUCUUAAGUGCCUUUUAGUGAGUCAGAGCCAAACAAUAUUCACAAAGCAAAUCAGGGAGUCAGUCUGUCUUGUGAGAGUUUACCAGAUCGACACAGGGUAGCCGGGGCAUCAGCUGUCCAGUCCAGCCACCCAUGAAGCUGACUGGGCCUCUUGCCCCCCUGUAUUCACCGUGAACAUUGCUGUUCUGUAUCCCAUUCUUGAUCACUCCUAGUAGAUUAUCAGCACCUCGUUUCUCCAAAACUGUGUGCACGGUCUAGACAACGGUUUUCUUUAAGUUAGAAGACUGGCCUUUUAAUCUAUUUUAGGUUGAUUGAAUUUGGGAACAUCGACAUGGUAAAGAACACACAUUGUAUGCUUCUGUGAGUGUGUCUUAUAUAACUGUAAAAAUAGCAUGAUUGCUUCCCUGUGUCUCCCCAAAAUCAUGAAAAUAAUGAACACUUCCCGUUCAAUUGAAUAAUCCAGGGCAAAAUUCAUAAAUAUAACAUCACUUUAUGUUUUAGAGUAAUAUACUAUUUUUACAAACUCAGGAUACACUGUCUUCUAAUUUUGUACAGCUGAAUUAACCAUCAGACUGGCUUCUCCACUGUGAUAAGAACCUGGCUGUUUCCCUGCUAUAUAUCCUCAGUACAUAACACGAGUGCCGAAUAAAUGUUUGUGGAAUCAAAUCAAAUUUUAGAAACCAUCCUCUUUUGUUUGUAGUUGAAAAAAAAUACUGAAAAACCCUAUACUGUCAGUAAUUGUGAGUUUGAAAUUAUGAAUUUAUUCUACAUCUCAAAAUCACUGACUGGCCAGUCCUAACUACGUGAAUAUUAAAUAUUAAAUAUUCAGUUGAACAAUUGGGGCUGAAAUUGGACAACACCCUUGCCUUUCAUUUUGCAAAGUUAUUUGGGUAUUUUGGCUUCUUAGUAGAUUAUACUUUAAUUGCUCCUUGAAAAAACAGGGCAUUUAAAGUUUCAAAGCAUACAUGCACAUCAGUAACAGUUUAUGUGAAUAUUUCCCACAACAAAAUAAUUUUCAUAAACUUUAAAGACUAUGUAAUAUUUUUAUUUUUCAAGGUAUUUUGCUAGGGAAAUGAAUCUUCAAGAAUUAUUUUUUUAGGCGUGUUUUUUACUUGAAUUAUGCUAUACAAAAGAUUGAUACGUUUUGCCCCUACUUACUGUAUAUAUGGGUAAAAGGCAGAUACUUUUAAAUAUCAUAAGUAUGUGGCCAAGAUGAAGGUCAAUCUUCUAUGAUCUAAAUUUUUUACUCUCUACUUAGCAAUUGUUGCUUUUUUUCCUCCCAUUAUAUACUUAAUAGUUCUAUUUUGCCGUGUAUGCAACAGGAAUUUCACUACUGUGUGAAAUGUGAGUACGACCUGCAUACUCCAAAAAUCCAAACUUGGUCUUAAUCUUCCUCCUUGGACAGACUUGGAAAACCUAACCUGUCUCUUGUAUGUAACAUAAUCACAUUUUCUAAACGGUUUUUUUGUACCUGAAAUGAUGAUUUGUUUUAAGUUUUACAUUUGUUCCUUGGGAGAUUAUAUUUGUAUGGGCAUCAUCAUAAAAUAUUUAAAUAAAAAGAUGACCUUGAGAGUGA